AUGGCGAGUCGAUCAAGACCUGCUCUUGCCUUGUGCAGAGCUCGAAUUUAUACAGCUCCUUCGGCAAGACCGUUACGACCACUUUCCCAGAUUCGAUGGCAAAGUACUGCGAGCUCAGAAGACACUGAAGGAGUAGCCAAGGGCACCACCGGCACAUCGAAAACGAUCAAAUUUACCUCCGAAACAUACCCAGAAAUCAAACGAGAUUCGAAGUUUGCAGAAAUCACAGAAGAUCAUGUCAAAUUUUUCAAGGAAUUGCUAGGGAAAGAAGCUGCCGUCAUUGAUGGAGUUACCAAAGAUGCCACGGAUGAUAUUGAGCCAUUUAAUGGGGAUUGGAUGCGGAAAUAUCGUGGCCACACAAAAUUAGUACUCAAACCUGGGUCGACGGAAGAAGUCAGCAAUAUCCUAAAGUACUGCAACGAUAAUAUGCUGGCUGUGGUGCCGCAGGGCGGUAACACUGGAUUAGUUGGCGGUUCCGUUCCUGUGUUUGAUGAGAUUGUUAUCAAUAUGAGUCGGAUAAACCAAAUUCGGUCCUUUGAUGAGGUGUCAGGAACACUGGUCGUUGAUGCUGGAGCUAUCUUGGAGGUUGUGGAUGGGUAUCUUGCGGAGAGGGGCAAUAUUUUCCCUCUGGAUCUUGGUGCCAAGGGUUCUUGCCAGAUUGGAGGCAAUGUUGCAACAAAUGCUGGAGGUCUGAGGUUGCUACGUUACGGAAGUUUGCACGGAAGCGUGCUGGGUAUCGAGGCCGUGUUACCAGAUGGCACAAUUGUGGACGAUCUCUCAAAAUUAAGGAAGAACAAUACCGGUUACGACCUCAAACAAUUGUUUAUCGGCGCCGAAGGAACCAUUGGAAUCAUUACUGGAGUAUCAAUCCUCUGCCCACAACGAUCGAAAGCCAUCAACGUGGCAUUCCUCGGUCUCGAAUCAUACGAGAAGGUUCAGGAAGCCUUCAAGGCAGCCAAGGGCCAAUUAUCUGAGAUUCUCUCGGCCUUUGAGCUCAUGGAUAAUCAAAGUCAGAACCUAGUUCAACAAGUCACCAAGAACAAGCGACCUCUAGAAAGUGCGCACCCGUUUUAUUGUUUGAUUGAGACCAGUGGCUCCAAUUCUGAGCAUGACAAUGAGAAGCUGCAAAGCUUUCUCGAGGAUGUCAUGGAGAAGGAGAUUGUCUCGGAUGGAGUUGUUGCUGAAAAUGAGACGCAAGUGAGAAACCUCUGGGGGUGGCGAGAGGGUAUUCCAGAAAGUCUUGGACACUGGGGAGGUGUAUACAAAUACGAUUUGUCAAUACCGAUCAGUGAACUAUACUCUCUCGUUGAAGAGACACGAGAGAAGAUCACCAAGGCUGGUCUCAUUGGAGACACGGACGAACAUCCCGUUGUUGACGUCGUAGGCUAUGGCCACAUGGGCGACUCUAAUUUGCACUUGAAUGUGGCAACGAGACGUUACGAUAAGAACGUCGAAAAAGAGUUGGAACCAUUUGUCUACGAAUGGAUCUCCAAGCGGAGCGGGAGCAUUAGUGCUGAGCACGGGUUGGGCCUGGCGAAGAAAGCCUACAUUGGACACAGUCGGAGUGAUACCAUGAUCGCGCUGAUGAAGCAGAUCAAGAAGCUCUAUGAUCCGAACGGCAUCAUGAACCCCUACAAGUACAUCUAA